AUGGAAACCAUUGCUCAAAAGUUUGCAGCUGCACUUGACAAAUGCCUCACUCCAAGUCAUUAUAUACAAUAUGCAAGAGAAGUACUUCUUGCUGCAGGGUAUACAGAAAUGAAAGAAACAGAAAAAUGGGAACAAAUUCCAAAUAAAUUUUUUGUAACUAGAGAUAACCGACAAAUAUUUGCAAUAAAUAAGAAAGAUUUUACAAAAGGAAUUAUCGUUGGUACGAGAUGCGACGCUCAAUGCUUCAAGUCAAAACCACGUAGCAUUUUUGAUGCUUCUGGCGUUGAUCUUGUACGGAUAGCUCCAUAUGGAUCAACAGCUGACUGGGAACUCUGGCGUGAUCGUGAUCUUCGUAUCGCAGGGCGCGUUCUCUACAAAGAUGGCGAAAAAGUUAAAAAUGUACUUUAUCAAUCAGAAAAGUCUGUUGCUUCUAUAGUUUCUUUGGCUAUUCAUAUGUGCCGUGGCCCAAACGCCCCAAAAGAAUCUAAUCUUGAGUUAGAUUUUAAUCCAAUUCUCGAAUUAACAUCAUCGGAUCCCCAACUUUCUAAAGAACACAGCAGUGGAUUAGUUCGAGUUAUUGCUGAAGCAGCUAAUACCUCACCUGAUAAGAUCAUUGAUUUUGAUUGUCAUUUUGUCGAUGCUCAAAACACAACAAUUUUGGGCCUUGACAAUGGACUUAUCAUGGGUUCAAGACUAGAAUCUCUACUUACUGCUAUUGUUGCUCUCCAUCAAUUUGCUACGGCUCCUGACCAACAAUCUGGAUUAGCCGGAUUCAUCGUCUAUGAUUCGACCUGCAUUACCGGAAAUACACGCUGCGGACCAAAAUCUACAUUACUUUCAAACACGCUUGACAGGAUUGGUGCCCCUCCAGAAUUUAAAGCAAAUUCUCUUUUUAUUGCCUCUACUGAUAUUUCAGCUAAAGACCAAGCAGCCGGAUCCGGUAUCCAAGUUCGUUACCAACCAGAUCAAUCGACGUCCACAGCAAACGGACCAUAUGAACGCCUAAACAAAUUUACUUCAGCAAAUGAAAUUCAAACUUCAAUAAUAUCUGGAAGUCCAGAGGCUGAUGCCAUUGGAACCAUAGUCGCCUCUCAACAAGGAAUGGCAGUCAUUAAUGUCGGAAUACCUGCUUAUAGCGGUAAUGCCCCUCGACAAACAAUCAAUGUUUCUGAUUUGGCAAAACUUGAUGAUUUUUAUAACAAAUUAUUUACAUCUUAUCUUCUUUAG